AUGAAUAUUUACUCUUUUACUUUACUAAUAGUUUUGAUUGUUUCAACAUAUGGAAGAUAUAUUAUAAAGAGGCAAACAUUUUAUUAUGAUCCUGAAUUGAAAAAAUAUGCACAAACACAUUCUGGAACUACUUACUCUCAUGGAACAGCUUCAUUAUAUGGUCCAGAAGAAUGGGGAAAAUGGUAUGCUAGAACAAUGAUGAGGUGGGGUGGACUUUCACAUUUUGUUCCUCCACAUUAA